AUGAAACACGUAUUUGAAAGUGACUUUCUCGAAGUCUAUGCUAAUCGACUUAACAUCUCAGCUCCCUUUGGAGUAAGGGCUAAAGCGCUCCUCUCGGACCUUGGUAUCGAGGAGUACCAAGUAAGUCAAUGCUACCAGAGUGAUAUUCCUCCCUGGUUAGUAUUAAGUCCCGAAGUUGUCCUGUCACUUCACAAGUACAAGAAAGAAAACACUUCUAAUUUAGUGUUCACGCAGGCUUUCCGGGAACUCUUGAGUGCUCGGGAAACUUGUGACAUAAUUUACACUGAUGGAUCUAGGUCUGAGGAUGGCACCGGAUGUGCGUUCAUAACGGCGAGUCGUGAGUAUAGAUUCUGUCUGCCCUCUGUAGCGUCAGUCUACACGGCAGAACUGACCGCUCUUUUUAAAGCAUUGAACAUCGUCUGCUCCGGGACCAGAAGGCUGGUCAUCUGCUCCGACUCGCUUAGUAGUCUGCAAGCAAUCAAGGACGUGUAUCCAAAACAUGUCCUUGUGCGCGACAUCCGAUGUGCCAUUCACAGACUUCAAGUCCAAAAUAUACAGGUUGUUCUGCUGUGGGUGCCCGGUCACGCGGGAAUUCCCGGAAAUGAGCUUGCCUACAGGUCUGCUGGGAGUGCUCACCAUGAGCUUCCUCCUUUUAAUGCUAUGGUGACAGGGUCAGACGAUAUAGCCAAUGGUGAAGGAGAAGUUAAGACGAGUUUGGGGUGA